UCCCAAGUAUUCUACUCUCCUUUCAGUUGAACAAAAAUGGUUUCCAAGACUUUCAUUUACUUUGGUCUUUUGCUUGCCAUUGUCCUUCUCAUUUCCUCUGAAGUGGCCGCAAAUGCUGCGGAGACUACUACAAAUCUCAAUGGUGCAGGUGACGCCAAGUAUGGUGGCGGGAACCAAGGAGAUCCUGGGCGAGGUGGGUAUGGUGGCAACCCAAGUCGUGGGGGAUAUGGCGGUAACCCUGGUCGUGGCGGAAAUGGAGGAGGAGGCCGUGGAGGGCGUUGCUACUAUGGUUGUUGCAGAUGGAGUUACAAUGGAAGAGAGUGCCUAAGGUGCUGCAAUCAUGCUGGUCAGGCUGUUGAUGCACAACCUCACAACUAGUUCAUUAAUUAAUUAGGCUUCUGCAUGCCCAUGCAUAUGCAGUGUGCUUAAUUAAUUAUCUAAUUAUCUAAUUAUGUUCUAAUGCAUGUGCUUAACAUGCUUGAAGCACUUCCCUCGAUCGUAUUCCUAUGAAUGAAUCGAAUAAAACUUCACUAGCGAGAGGCAUGCAAAAAUAAAGUUAAUCACGAGUGCUAGCUGGGUGGAAUAUUGUAUCUGUACUCAGUUAUAAUCUCAUGAUUUGAGUGCUCUUUAAUUAAUUUCGUGAACAAAUUCAAGUACAUGUGUAAUGCAUGUCAUCGAUUGAUGAUAUACGAAAUCAAUGACAUAUACAAGUAACGUUUUGUAU